AUAACAUCUGUUUGGGCUGAUUGUAGCUGACCUAAACUGAUAGGGAGCAUGAAGAGAAUCCAUUUUAGCGCAAUGUGCCUUGGAUGCACCUUCUUGGGAAUGGCUUCACUGGCCACCAUUGUUGGUUUGUGGACCGUUCAACUCCUUCCAACAACUGAAUCUCAUGUCGAGCCUUGGAAAGAGUAUCGUCUACCAGACACUCUGUUUCCACACUACUACAACAUCACUCUCUGGCCUCGACUCCAGCCGGAUGAUCACGGCCUCUAUGUGUUUACUGGAAAUUCCAGCGUGGUCUUUAAAUGUUUGCGGGAGACUGAUAUCAUCAUAAUUCACUGCAAUAAGCUGAACCUGACCUCAGAAGAUGGAUAUCUGGCCAAACUAUCAGCAUUUAGUACUUCAGAGGUGCCUUCAGUGAAGAAAACCUGGAUAGAGGAGAUGACGCAGUACCUUGUCUUGCAACUGAAUGGUAAACUCAAAGCUGGAGAGCUCUAUGUGCUUUACACUGAGUUUGUUGGAGAACUUGCAGACGACCUGGCCGGGUUGUACCGUAGUGAAUACGAUGAGGACGGAGAGAAAAAGAUAGUUGCCACCAGCCAGAUGCAUCCCACACAUGCUCGCAAGACCUUCCCAUGUUUCGAUGAGCCUGCAAUGAAAGCCGUUUUCCACAUCACUCUCAUCCAUGAUAGAGGAACCGUGGCCCUGUCCAAUGGAAUGGAGAUUGAAAACGUGGACACCAUUGUUGAUGGACAGCCAGUUACAGUGACAACAUUUGAACCCACAAAGAUCAUGUCCUCGUAUCUAUUGGCACUGGUUGUCAGUGACUACACUAAUGUUACAUCAGCAGAUGGCACCUUGAUACGGAUAUGGGCCCGUAAGAAAGCCAUUGAGGACGGCCAUGGUGAUUAUGCUCUGAAUAUAACAGGCCCAAUCCUGAAGUUUUUUGAAAACUAUUACAAUGUACCUUAUCCACUUUCUAAAUCAGACCAGAUUGCCCUUCCUGAUUUUUACUUUGGGGCGAUGGAGAAUUGGGGUCUGGUGAUGUAUAGAGAAUCUAACCUUCUAUACGAUCCAACCGUCUCAUCUAAUGCAAACAAAGAAAGAACAGCCACCAUUAUUGCCCAUGAACUGGCUCACAUGUGGUUUGGCAACCUUGUGACUCUAAAAUGGUGGAAUGAGGUUUGGUUGAAUGAAGGUUUUGCAUCUUAUGUGUCGUAUCUUGGUGCAGACUUUGCAGAACCAUCCUGGAACGUGAAAGACUUGAUCAUUCUUAAAGACGUACACCGCGUUUUUGCUGUGGAUGCUCUGGCCUCCUCUCAUCCGCUGUCUUCUAAAGAGGAAGAUAUUAUAAAACCCGAGCAGAUCAUUGAGCAGUUUGAUACUGUCUCCUACAGCAAGGGGGCGUCGGUGUUGAGAAUGCUGUCAGACUUCCUCACAGAGCCUGUGUUCGUUCAGGGACUAAAUACUUAUCUCACCAUGUUUGCCGAUCAAAAUACAGUCGGUGAGGAUCUGUGGGAUCACCUUCAAACUGCUGUUAAUAAGACUGGAACAGUACUUCCCUUAAGUGUUAAAGUAAUCAUGGACCGCUGGGUUCUUCAAAUGGGUUUCCCUGUGGUCACGGUCAACACUACGACUGGUCAGGUCUCUCAGAUGCACUUCCUUCUGGAUCCCGAGUCUUCUCUGCAGAGGACGUCUCCAUUCAACUAUGAAUGGAUUGUACCCAUUAACUGGAUGAAAUCAAAGAUGGUGCAGUCACGCUUUUGGCUUUUGGAAAGAACUGCUGUAUAUAAUGAUAUGAAGACGACUGGGAGUGAGUGGGUGCUUCUGAACCUGAACAUCACAGGGUAUUACAGAGUGAAUUAUGACAUUGGGAACUGGGAACGUCUCUUAAAUCAGCUGGCAGAGAAUCACAAGGUCAUUUCAGUCAUCAACAGAGCUCAGAUAGUAGACGAUGCAUUUAAUCUCGCAAGGGCUAAGAUAAUUCCUGUCACUUUAGCACUAAAAACAACCACAUACUUAUCUGAAGAAAGAGAAUAUAUGCCGUGGCAGUCUGCCCUCAACAACUUGGAUUAUUUCUACCUCAUGUUUACACAAACUGAGGUCUAUCGACUCUUACAGAGCUACACUAAAAAGCAGGUGACCCCACUUUUUGACUAUUUCAAGACUAUUACUGAAGACUGGUCUGAUGUUCCCUCUGGCCAUACAGACCAGUAUAAUCAAGUUAAUGCAAUUAGAUUCGCCUGCAGCACUGGUGUAGAUGAAUGUCAAAAUCUCACUUCAAGCUGGUACAAACAAUGGAUGGACCAGCCAAACCACAACCCGAUUCACCCCAAUUUGAGGUCCACAGUGUACUGCAGUGCUAUUGCCACAGGGGGAGCUGAAGAGUGGGACUUCGGGUGGACGAUGUUUAAAAACGCCGCCAUCGAAGCUGACAAACUCAUGUCAUCCCUGGCUUGUGCAAAAAAUCAAACUCUUUUAAAAAGGUACCUUGGCUACACGCUGGACCCAUCAAUGAUCCGUAAACAGGACGCCACAUCUGUGAUUGUGUAUAUUGCUAGUAAUCCUGAUGGUCAGAAGCUGGCAUGGGAAUUUGUCAGGAAUAAAUGGGAAUAUAUGUUCACAGAGUAUGGCGUUGGAUCAUUUAAUUUUGCCAGCCUUAUAAGUGGCAUAACCAAAACCUUUUCAACUGAAGCUGAACUUGAGCAGUUGCUGAAGUUUAAAAGUGAUAAUUCUGAGAUCGGCUUUGGAUCAGCGACAGCAGCUCUGGAACAGGCCAUCGAGAAGACAAAAGCCAAUAUAAAAUGGGUGGCUGAAAACCAGGAGGACAUCACAGACUGGCUGGUGGCUCAGUCUGCUUAAACAUAAUGGGUGUUGCCCAAAUUGUAUCACUGUAUUUCUCUAUAUAAGAGCCUUUAGAGAAUAACAUAAAACAUUUACAGAGCAUCAUCAGAUGGACAGUAAUCAGGCUUUGAAUUAUAGAUUUACUAUUGAGUCAGCUUUUUUCAGUAUUUUGUGUAAUAAAUAUGCUUCGGUGAUCCAAAUU